UGUUCGAUGGUUUUCUCUGAAAAUAAUGACAUGUGUAAAUAGGUUUUUCAUUGGGCAUUUCAGGCAUUUCAUCAACUAUUAUAGAGAGCUGGUGUAACGUUUUAAAAAUAUAGUGUCGGUAAGUGUUAAUUAGUGUUUGUAACUUUUUUAAUAAUAAUUGGCAAAGUCUAUAAGGAUACAUUUUAAGUGGAUUUGGUCAAAUUUUAGAGAGGCAGCUUGGUACGUAUGGAGUGAACUGUACAGGAAGCUGUUCCCCUCAGUUCUAUAAAUAACUGUACCACAUGUACAACGAGGGUGAAUGUCCUUUAAAUCUUUCUGACAACGUUUGGGUGUAUGGAUUUUCAAAACACUAAUGGCCGUGACGACACGUGGAAAAUUGUCGCCUUCACGCUUAUCGGAUCUAUAGUCUCCAUGUUAGCUGUUGGACUAAUGAAGUUGUUGAGAUCCUGGCUUAGCAAAAGAUUUAAACAAGAAAACAUUGUGUCUAACGAGAGUCAAACAGGCAGGAAUAAUAUUCCUCCAAAUGAAAACCAAAAAGAGGAAAACAAGUAUGAAGGACACAGAAGUUCCCCGUCCCACUAUGAAAUGGAGGCUGUAUAUUCAUAUAACAUGUCUGUUGAAAACAACUAUGCUGAUCUCAGGACCCCAGCUGUGUCUUCUAUUUAUGAUAAUCCGGGUGAUUUUGAAAUGGAUUUAAUAAGCGCAUGUUGAUGCUAAUUAAACCUUGCUGAAUAGAAGUAACAGUUUAAAAUUUGCCUAUCGAAAUAAAAAAGUGUAAAUGGGAGGUUCUUUUGAGCUGUACCUUGUUUAAUUGUUUUGUAAAGUAUUUAUGGUCAAAACAAUUCAUGUCAAACUAAUCACUAUUAUAUAUUCUUUAUAUAUAUAUAUUAAAAC